AUGGCGCCAUGGAACCGCAUUCGGCUCCCCAUCUGGAUCAUUCUUUUCUCUCUCUUCUCCAUAACAAGCCAGGCUCGCGAGGCCAAAGCAGCAGUCCCCGGGUUGUACACCGGCAACUUUGGUAAUUGUUUGGCCGGCGAGAGCGUGCUCGAGGUUACCAGGUUUGACGUCGCCUACGAUGCCGGCAAUAGGACCCUCGUCUUGCGCCUCGAUGGCACGAGCAGUGUCAAGGAAGAGUCUGUCAUGUUGCACCUGUCCAUUGACGGAUAUGGCGCCAACCGCUUCGUCAUGGCCGUCGACCCGUGCAGUUUCAACAUCAGCAGCCUCUGCACCCUGAGUGCAAAAAAAACCUUCUCUGCCAGGACGGUGCUCCCGGCUGGUGCUCAGCGCGUCGGAGAGCUGUCCGAUUUUCCCUUUAACCUGCCAGACUAUGAGGGCUCGGCAAAGCUACAGAUGGUCGCCAAGUCUAACCAGGAAGUGAUUGGGUGCGUUCAGGCCUCCAUGACGAACGGCAGGACGCUGUCCCAGCCCGAGAUCGUAGCGCCCGUCCUCGGCGUUUUCACGCUGGUGGCCAUCGUCGCCUCCUUCAUGACGGCCGCAUACGGCGUUAGCGUCCCGCACAUGAGGAUGCACCAUGCUCAUUCUCUCUCGGUCCUGGUCACGUUCGAGACCCUGCAGACAGUCUUCUUCACGGGGGCCCUCUCAGUCCACUGGCCGCCCAUCUUGAUGGCCUGGUGGUCCAACUUCGCCUGGUCCGCCGGCCUCAUCUACAUCCGGGGCAUGGUCCGGUCCAUCAACAAGUUUGCCGGGGUGGACGACAGCGCAACCCGGUUCUUGGGCAGCGGCGAAUCCCCGCCCUGGCUCCUUGCGAGAUCCUCGGCGGUCGAUGGAGCGUCCGGAAGCACGGGCAAGGGGCGUCCCGCCUACAACUCCAGUUUUCUUCACGACUAUACCUGGUCCGGAAGCUUGGCAGCGCCCGGGUUGCCUCUCCCUGGCGGCACCUGGUCAGGGUUUCCUGCGACGCUCUCAGUUCUCGGCAUCCCCGUCGCCGAUGCGUUCAUGAUUGGGCUGAUCUGGCUGCUGAUAGCCAUCGGGCUGGUCGCCUUGGCUACCGGGGGCUUCAAGACCAUGCUCGAGGGGUUAGCGGCCACUGGUAGGAUCAAGAAAGACCGGCUGCACUUUUUUCGCAGCCACUGGACCGGCUAUCUCGGACAUGCCAUGCUGAGGACCCUCGUCGUCGCCUUCUUCAUGCUCAUGACGCUGGCGAUGAUGCAGCUGACGAUUCGGAUGACCGUCGGGCCCGUCGCUGUUGCCACGGUGGUGUUCAUUUUCGCGCUAAUCGGACUCAUUGGCCUGAUUGCGAGCAGUUGCAAAGCUCGAACCCGAGACGGGAGGUUCCAGGUCACGUCAGACCCAGUGAUCUGCUUCCGGAAAAAGACGUCUGGCAAGAUCCCCGGUUUGCGGUUUGGGUAUGGGUUGGGUCGGGAGAGCACCAUCAAAACCCACGCCCUCGACGUCCAGCCAGUCUUCCGCAUCCCUCUCUUCAAGAUUCGCCACUCCAAUAACGACCCGGACCGGCCCAGCGUGCACUUGGACGAGCGCUUCGUGAAGAGAUUCGGCUGGCUUACGGCGAGAUACCGCCGCUCGCGAUGGUGGUUCCUGGCAUACCAUGUCGGUUACCUGUUCUGUCGCGCCGCCUUCUUGGGGGGCGGAUGGAAGACCCCACGCGUCCAGGUCUGCGGCGUUUUGGCAGUCGACGUUGUGAACUUUGUCGUUGCCGCCAUCCUGUCACCCUUUGAAGGAGCUCGCAACACGGUCAUGGGCGUCUGGAUACUCGGCAUCUGCAAGAUAGUCACAGGCGGCGUGGCCGCCGCCAUGCUCUCAAACCCGGAGAUUAAGCGCUCCAAAGCAGCCGAGCUCGGAAUUGUGAUAAUCGCUGUCCAAGCCCUGGCCGUGGCCGCCCUGCUGGUGCUGAUUGUCCUCAGCGCGGCCUCCUCCUUUCUGUCUUUGAUGCGCAACCGUGAGGAAAUGGACCCCGACUGGCUCGAGCCGGUGCGGGUGGCCUACUUCACAAAGAUGGAGAGGAAGGCCCGAGAUGCGCGCUUCGUCAACGAGACGGAGCCGCCUCCGCCGACGCCACGGUUCUCGGUCCUCUCGAUCCGGCGUCGCCCCAAGAUCGAGGACGAGGACGAGGACAUGAACCCGGCUCCGUACGGACCGGAACAACAACAUCAUCAUCAUCAUCAGCAGCAGCAGGAGCAGGAGCAGGAGCAGGAGCAGGAGCAGGCGACGCCCGACGACAGCUCCGCGGACGACUCCCGAUCGCGUGCCCGCCGCAGCCACGGCAGCUACAGCCGCGCGGGCAGCGUCAGCCCGCGGCUAAGCACGGGCAGCCUCCCGCCGGCAGCCCGGCCGUACCGCCUGUCGUGGUCGUCGAGGGAGCUUGGGGAGCUGGCGGCGGCGGGGGCGGGACCUAGCAGCCGUCCGGACAGCGUCCUGACCAAGCGGCUCAGCGGCGUCACCUGCGUGGUGGUCACCGACUGCGACGCGGCGCCAUCCAAUGCGUCGUGGGUAGAACCGGAGUCGGCCAGGCCGCGGGACAGCACUUGCAGCUUGGGCACGCGCACGCCGUCGGCCAGUAGGUCGUCGAGCCCGGCCAUCGGGAGGUCGCCGAGUCCUGGAUUCGGGAGGUCCUCGAGGGAGUUUGUUGUCGGUGGUAGCUCGGCUCACGUUGACGGGAGGAGACCGCCUACGGCAUUGCCUGAAGCCCCAGAGCCGCAAGAGUAA